AAUGAAGUGCUUCCGAUGUCAGGUUUCCACAACGCAUGCGUGUCAACUGGAAAUUGAGCGCUCGAUUUGCCAUACAGCGUCUACCUUUUUGCCCGUAGCAUCUCCCGCGGUCACUCCGCCCGCGGUUUGCUAAGGACCGCACGUGUAGAAAACAAGCGCCCACGGCCAAGCUAGCUAGCCGGUAAGUUAGCGAACCUCUAUCUCGGUUUGACAUGGCGGACGGUGGCGGUAACUGUGCGGGAAGCCUUCCACCGGGAGACCCGCAGCUCAUCGGUAUGAUCGUGGAGCAUCUGAAGAACCGGGGGCUUUUUGACGAGUUCCGUCGGGACUGUCUCGCCGACGUUGAUACGAAGCCUGCCUUUCAGAACCUGCGGCAGAAAGUUGACAACUACGUCACGUCGCACCUGAGCACGCAGGACUGGAACCCGUCCAUCAACAAGAACCAGAUGAGGAACGGACUGAGACAAAGUGUGGUUCAAUCGGGUAUGCUGGAGUCUGGUGUGGAUAGGAUCAUCACUCAGGUCGUCGACCCCAAGAUGAACCACACUUUCCGGCCGCACAUAGAAACUGCUAUCCAUGAUUUCUUGUCAGGGGAAAGGAGGGAGGAGAACGCCUUGGGUUGUAACUCUGCACCGUCUGAGCAGUCAGAACUACAGGAGGCACCGUCCGCUUCUGGCCCCAAAACCCCUAAACAAGUCUCAACUAUAAAGCUUUGGUCUGUGCGAAGCAUGCCGUCGAACCUGUCCGCUGUGUUUGUUCUGCUCCUGGCCUGUCAACCGGUGCUGACCGUGGAUCUGCAUGAUCUCCAUGAGAAACAAGCGAGCCAAGUCAAAAAGCGCCUUUCUCUGCAGAGCACAGCGGAGAUUCAGAGUUGCCUGGUGAGUUCAGGGGAUGUCGGCUGUGGGACGUUUCAGUGUUUCAACAACAACUCCUGUGAAAUUCAAGGGCUGCACCACAUCUGUCUCACUUUGCUGCACAACGCCGGGCGCUAUGACUCACAGGGAAAGUCAUUUGUGAAGGAAGCGCUGCGCUGCAUGGCGCUGGGACUGCGGCAGCGCUUCAGCUGUGUCAGCCGCCGGUGCUCAGCGGUAAAAGAGAUGGUGUUCUCGCUCCAGAGAGAGUGCUACUCCAAACACCAGCUCUGCCUGGCGCCACGAGACCACAUGGAUACCAUGGGCAACCUGGUCCAGUUCCACCUGAUGUUUCCCCCGGGACCGUAUGUGGAACUGAUGAACUUCCUGUUGAAGUGUGGAGACACGGUCGGGUUGUGGGUCGGCCAGCGGCUGCGCAGGCAGUGCGAGCAACACUGGGGGCCCCUGUGCAGCAGCUUCGGCAGCACCUGCUCUCACAGCCAAGCAGACGCGCUGCAGCACACCACUGCUCCCCCACCCACCGCGUCCACCGCGUCCUGGCCGAGCACCAAUCAAGGGCCCCCGCAGCAGCCGACCAGAGUGGCCGAAGCAGAGGACAGCAACGGACCGAGUCGGAUCGACAACGCAACUGAAUUUGGUCUUGUGUCUGAGAAAUCCAAUGCUACGGCUUUUUAAACAGGGUACACAAAGGUCAUGCACUUAUUAGUAGUAGUAGUCGUAGUUUAUAGUCUUAUUGCUGGUGAAAGCAAUGUAACAUAACUUAUUUAACUCUGUUGGGUAUCUGUGCUAUAUUAUUAUUUUUUACAUUUUACUUUAUACAAGGAUGAAAACCAUGCAUCUACCUCUCUUCAACGUCACAGUAAACCACAGUGGGCCGUGACAAAACACGAGUAAACACAACAGGGAAUAUCUCAAGUGCAGCUGAUUGCUCAAAGUCAGUAUUUUACCUAUUUAAAUCAGUUUUUGUAUUUAUGAGUAUUGUUUUAUUAUGCACCGUGAAGUGGACAUGCUAUCAAACAUCAUCUUGUAGAUAGUCAGGGUUCAUUCAGUCUG